GAAUUUCUAUUCUUCUUCGAAAAUAUUUGCACAGUCUACUGGAAAUAAGCUUUCCUGGAUUUCAAAAUAAAGUUGUGAGUACUUGAAGCAACUGACAGCAUCAUGGCAUGGGUGCCCAGGACGCGGUUCGAGCACGAUCUGGUGCAAUUGGAGCCGGGCUUUAAUCUGAUUCAUGGACAGAUCGCCUACGAGCUGAUGAAGAAACAGGAGUUCGCAGGAGUUGUUCCCAUAAAUACCUACGAGUACUUGGCAGCCCGGGAAGAUCUGCUUGGAUAUGGGACGCCGGGCGGUAAGGGGCGGGAAAUCCGUCAAAGUCUGCAAAUGAUGGAGAAGAUUCAGAGAGUAGCUGGCACCAAGCCGCUGGGCGAGCACGCUACAAUGGAGGACUGGGAGGACACCACAACGGUAGAGAAGGAGGCUUUGGCCAUCAUCCGGAAUUUCGGAAGAAUGUCCAUUAGACAGGACUCAGUACCCCUCCAUCCGGAGAUCAGCUUACCAAACGUUGUUCAAAAUGGAAGCCAGCGAUUUCAUCUGAUCACAGAUCGCAAAUUCUUCGCGCCACGGAAGAUUCGCAGACCAAAGGAGCUUCCGCCAGCGGAGUACAUUCCUAAUAACUCAACAGAAGACUCAUUCCACACCGCUGAAAGUCUGAGCAGCUGCAUCUGGCUGUAUGGAUCAAAAUAUCUAGAGAAGAAUAGCAAGGAGAGUACGCCGGAAAGCACGGACACUUUGUUGAAUUACAUCAAGUCAUUCCCAGUUGAAGUGGAUAAAAACAAGACGAGAAGGAGGAAACAACGACCCAGCAAAAAUCCAUAAAAUCAAAUUAUAUUAGCUUACACGAUUGGAGAGAAUGUAAAUUGGAAGAUUUAUAUUACAAAUUGUAUAAAGAAUUAGUCAAAUGCGACCAUAACCAAGCUAUUGAGCAUGUACUGAAUUAUUUAAAAUAAUUAAGUAUGUUGCAUAUAGGACGAAUUUAAGAUUGUGAUGAUUAGAAGAUUAUAAAUCGCUUUAUAAUCGUUUUAAUCACAAAGACGGUUGACAAUGAAUAUCCUAUCAAA